CUUCAUCUUCAUCUUCACACCUUCUGGAGAUAUUCACACCUUUCCCCCUAAUCCCUGUCUGAGAUCUUCCUAUAAAGACCCAGAAGGAGGGUCCCCAUUCAGCAUUCAGGCAAAGAGGAGCAAACAUCACAGAGGGAAGAGGCAGAUUUGGAAGUACAGACCCAGGAGUGGCUGGUGGCAUUGGGAUGCUUGGAUAUACCCAAGGGAUGGAGCAGCUCUAUAGCACCUACUUCUCCUCCAGUGACCCCUCAAUGGGCUUCAGUUCUGCCCUGGACUCCCUCAUGGGAAUGGGUUUCCCUCCUGUACAACAGAGUCCAGUACAGCAAGCUAAUGUGAAAGACAUGAAGGCUGCAGAUCCUGGAGCCAAUCAGACAGCACAGCACAAGGAAGCUACCAAUCAGCAGAAGGUUUCCCCCACACAGAUGUCCAAUCGCAGGAAGAGAACUGUCUACAGUCCCUCAGAUCUGGCCCGACUGGAGCAGUACUUCAGAACUAAUAUGUACCCAGACAUCCACCAGCGGGAAGAAAUGGCCAGACAAAUGGGCUUGCCCGAGUCACGCAUACAGGUUUGGUUCCAAAACAGGAGGUCAAAAGCCAGACGCCAAGGAUCCAGAUCUACCAAGCGGGCUGCUAUGGGAGAUUACUAUAACAGCACCCCAAAGUACAAUGCAGCACCUGUCUCCAAUGGCACCAUAAAUGUACCACAGCAACAGCGGAUGUUAUCCUACCAGCAUCAUGCCCAGCCAUUGGACACUCUACACUAUGGCUUCCACCCAAAUGUCUCCAUGCAAGGAACCAGUCAGAGCAGGAUGUAUUCAUCAGCACCAGCUCCCCAUCAUUCAGGGAAUGUGUCUCAGAAGCAUCCAAUGGGUUUUCCACAGCAACAAGUCCAACCCAUUCUGGAUUUACAGCAGAAUUACUUCCCCUUUUCUGAGGACCCCCUGUCUUGCCCUGAAUCCUCAUGGGCUGCCCCAAACCAGAGACUCCCAGUUCAUCUGACAGCAUCUAGUACCUACCCUCACAAUGACUUGCCUAGUAACCCCACUGCAAGCCACUCCACCAAGGGAAUGAGCCCUGGCAAGGAGACUGAGAGAGACUUUGGUGGGAGACAUAACCAAGUAUCCAUGCAUUCUAACCUUAUGAUGGACAUUAGCAACUUCCCACCUACCAAAACCAUCACCGCCAAUAUGAACAUCAUCAUCCCACAGAUGCCAGGGGCUUCAGGCUGGAGCAGCCAUGAGGAUAUCAAUGCCUACUCUACACAGGGGGCAGUGCCCAUGGCAGGUUGUAGCCCCUAUGGACAUGGUUCUCCUGAUUCAGGAGUCAGUGACACAUCUACAGAGUCAGUCUCAGACUGGGAAGAGAAUAUUAUAAGAACUCUAUUCUGAAUACUCAGUGGCUGCACAGUAGAAAGUGAAGGGGACGUGGGGUACCAUUGUAGGGCCAUAGCUUGUAAUAUGACUCACCCCUUGUGGCACUUGGACACCUGGCUCUUUAUACAUUGUGUUAUUAUAACCUAAUGUUAGAACAAGCAUCUCUUUCAAGUACAUUUAUACUAUAAUGAACUAUUUCAGCUACACAAAAUGAAUUUACAUUAUGAUGAGGCUAAUAAAGUUGCAUGUGUUUAAUCAGAA